AGUGUCCAUAGCUUAUGUAAGUAAAUCCCCCUGAGAGAAAGCGUUAUCUAGCGAGCUGCCGGCUGUAUACAUAAACCAGCCAAUGGAAUGUUUUGAAUGCUUUGGAACGGGAACGACCCUUCCUUUCCUCAUCCCACUCCAGGCUUUUCCGGAUCCUGUGCCCGAUUCCUUCGGGUGCGGUUCCUUUUUUUUGUUCCUCGAUGGACGGAGAAACUUCAUCAGCAUUAGCUGUUGAGGAGAUUGACAAGGAUUUUUGGGAAUUCGACAUGCAGGAUUUCACACCAGAAGUGGGACGGGCCCAAGAGCCAAAGCCUGAUGCCGAUAUGUCGGCUUCGCCAGAGAAGACGUCACCAGAUUCAACCGAUUUCGUACCUCUGUCAGCUUCGGUAGCAGGUGCUGUGGAUGAUAUGUUAGAUUUACAGCCGAUUUCUGAAUCUGUUUUAGUUUCGGCUUUAGAAAUGGAUUCAGUGACUCCAUCUGUACAAGUGUCCUCAUUAACAUCUGCUCCUGACCCACAUCCAGCCCCAGAUUCAGCUGCGUUUAAGGCGACAGACACACACGCCGCUCUGGGAACUGAAAAAGCACAUGCUGGAGAGUCUUUGACAGGUUCUGUCGUUCAGUCGACCAGCACAACUGAUCCAGACGGGACAUACAUGAUCCCCGACCCGGAGUGGGUGAUGGGGGGAGAUGCUCUUCUCGCGGAUUUGGAGUCCACAGCCUCCCACAUUUCCAAACAAGCUGUUUUUCUGCCAGAAGAGACGCCAUAUUCCUACCCCACAGGAAGUGACUCAUAUCAGGACGUGUCCUCCCCUCCUCGAGUAGCCUCUCCUCCUGCUCAAACACUGAAUGGAUCUUGGGUAGAAAAGCCAGAAUCGAAGCACUCAUCAACCCAGUCUUUCAGCUCCGCUCCCAAAACCGCCAGUCCUCGUGUCUCACAGUCUGAAGACGAGCACGUCUAUAGUUUCCCUAACAAGCAGAAGACUACUGACUCCCCCACCGCCAUCAUGAGCUCAUCACUGGGCAGUAACCUGUCAGAGCUGGACCGUCUGCUGCUGGAGCUCAACGCCGUACAGCACAGCACACCUGCCUUCCCUACUGAAGAGACCUACCCACCCAAACCAGCCAGCAACGCCCAGCGCUAUGUCCCAGAAAACGGCGUCUCAUCAGUAGUGAAAGCACCUCCUCCUAUGAUCGAGAAACCCAAACGCGGUGCACCCGGACGGGGGAUAGAAGUUGUCAGACCCAGUAUGGAGAGCAUGCUUAAUGAGUUGGAGAGCUCCGUGCCGGCCCCUGCACCCGCCCCUGGAGUGCCAGUGGUUCCUGAGUUGAGAGAAGUUCAGGAAGAGACCCCCACCCAGCAGCAUGCCAGAAUCUCCGCCUCAUCAGCGACACGAGAACUCGACGAACUCAUGGCCUCACUGUCUGACUUUAAAGUUCAGAGCAAUUCUGGCACUCUGUCAGUUAAGGAGGACUCAUUAUCCACUAAAGGGUCAGAACUUUCCAAUCUUGUGGUGACUGAGAAUCUCACAGUGCCUUCAAUACCAGAAGCAGAGGUAUCUGACUGUAGCGUUCCUCCUCAGCCUUCCCCAAAUUGCGCACCACUUUUACUGGAACUCCACAUUGCUGAGGAAUCGACAACUGUUGCUCCAGUGUCCAAAUCCAAGGUGCAUUGUACUUCCUUUAAGCCCUAUUCGGAGAAAUUCCUGGUAGUUUCCAGCACAAAGAGUCCAGCCCCUGAGUCUUGUUUAUCACCUGAACCAUCUGCAAAAACCUCAAGUCCUCCGGCUUUAAAUUUACUCUCAAGUCCCAUUUCGGUCGCCAAAAAUAGUCCACCUGUGGUGCCAAAUGCCUCCUCACCAGUUAUAACUUCAAGGAUAUCUAAAAGCCCCAGUCCUCCACAGGUUAUCAAGAGCUCAAAUCGAAUUGUCGAUGUAAAAAGUUCUAGUCUUGUAACAACUGCUAAAACCUCUACUCCAGUUAUGGUAAGAAAGAGCCCAAGCCCUGUUACAGCUGUUAGAGCAACCAAAAGUCCAGUCCCUGGAGAUCUUGCCAAAAGCCCAAGUCCCAAGUCAGGGAUUACUAGCAAGAGUCCAGUGCCAACUACCAUUACAUUGCCCGCUCCUCCAGUUUCAACCCUAACAUUAACCCCGAAGCCUUCCAAUGAGAAACCUGAGAGCUUUGAACCGGGCAUAUUGGGAAUAAGUCUUCCUUGCCCCAAGCCUCUUCUUGAGGAAGCUCUGGACAAGCUAUUGACGUCCAGUUUUUCUCAACCAGAGCCGGUAAAAAUGGGUGAAGGAACUCCUGCCUCAUUAGAGGUGAAUGAUGACGUUCUGGCACGUCCUCAUCAAUCGACACCACCAGGUGGCUUUGAAGAUGUCACUUGGAUGGACGACCCCUUAAACCCCACAUCGUUCCCUGGGGAGUCAGAUGUUUCACUGGACCUUCCACUUCUCCAGCCAUCAGCGGUUGAAAGGCUCUCUGCUUCUGGACAACUUAAAUCGGUCAUCAGACGCACAAAGGAAACAUCCAACAUCCACCCAAUGUUUCGUGAUGGUCACAUGUGCAAAAAAAUGGGCCCGCUAAUUCUCAACAAGAGCAACUCGCAGGAUCUACUCAUUGAAGAGCUGCAAGGGAAACUGGGAAUUGGUCGCACAGUGCGGCCACGAAAACAGCCAGAUGAUUGGCUUACAGAAGGGGUCAUUGUCUGUUCCAACCCACAGCGCUUAAGAGAGGAAGGUGGCGUAUCACCAACGGUUGAUAAGUUCAUCAUUCCUCCAGAUUCGCCCAGUCCUCCGAAAAAAGUCCUUACCCCUCAUGUCCCAAAAAAGCGAGAUCCUGUGAUACAGAUGCGUGCUCCUCUCCCUCCACCCCGUAGGGAACCCUCUCCUCCUCUUCCUCCUCUUCCUCCUCCUCCUCCUCCUCCACCUCCUCCUCCUCCAGUUCCAGCUCCACUUUCACCUAAAGACCCCAACCCUCCUCCAUCCCUUCCUCCCAAACCUGUGACCCAGCCCCGUCCACCAAAGGUUUUAGCGUCUGUUGGCUGCCAAACGGAAUAUGAACCUGUUUUUUUACCGAUUAUGGCUCAGGGCAAGAGUUCCCCCACCAGCGUUCCAAAGCAGGGGAAUAAACUGGAUAACAUGUUGGGCAGCCUGCAGUCAGACCUCAACCGGCUGGGUGUCCAGACUGUCGCCAAAGGUGUUUGUGGAGCCUGCAAGAAACCCAUCGCUGGCCAGGUGGUGACAGCAAUGGGGCGGACGUGGCAUCCGGAGCAUUUUGUGUGCACUCACUGUCAGGAGGAAAUCGGCUCCAAAAACUUCUUUGAGAGAGACGGCCAGCCGUACUGUGAAAAGGACUACCAUAGCCUCUUCUCUCCACGCUGUUACUACUGCAACGGACCCAUUCUGGACAGAGUGGUGACCGCAUUAGACAGGACUUGGCAUCCCGAGCAUUUCUUCUGUGCCCAGUGCGGGUCAUUCUUUGGGCCUGAGGGAUUCCAUGAGAAGGAGGGAAAGGCGUACUGUAGGAAGGACUACUUCGACAUGUUUGCCCCCAAAUGUGGCGGCUGUGCUCGUGCCAUCCUGGAGAACUAUAUUUCGGCCCUUAACGCUCUUUGGCACCCUGAGUGUUUUGUCUGCAGGGAGUGUUUCACUACGUUUGUGAACGGCAGCUUCUUCGAGCAUGAAGGGCAGCCGUACUGUGAGGCUCAUUACCACGAGCACCGCGGCUCGCUCUGCUCCGGCUGUCAGAAGCCCAUUACCGGCCGCUGCAUCACCGCCAUGGGCAAGAAGUUUCACCCCGAGCAUUUCGUCUGCGCCUUCUGCCUUAAACAGCUGAACAAGGGAACGUUCAAAGAGCAGAACGACAAACCCUACUGCCAAAACUGCUUCGUCAAGCUCUUCAGCUAGAGUCUGAUAGUGUUGAGAGGAGUGUGUUUGAACAUGCACACCAAUAUCCAAAGUCCCAAGGGUCGAGUUUUACAGUUUGUCACAGUGUCAUCAUGUGGCGAUAGUGAGCAUUACACCAGCCUGUUCCUGUGCCAAAGCACUGUAGAUCUUCAGGGAAGCCAUUACGAUUUUUAACAGCCUUUUUAAAACGCUUCCCCAUGGAUCUAGAGACUAAAUUAUGGUCCUUAAAUUGCGUGGAGCUAUUUUAGAUAUUAUCGACUGCAUCGGACAAAUCAAGAUCUAUUUUUGUACUUGUUACACACACACACACACACACACACACAGAGCUUAACUUGAACAUGUAUGCACACUUCUGUUUGUACAUUUCAGGCAUCUCUUAGCUGCUUUCUGGUAUAACAACACUCUGUUAUUUUAUUUCGAUUCUUUUCUCCAUCGGCCACAUCAGGUUUUUCUUAAAGGUGCAAUAACAGCUUGGCGUCAUCAAAAUCUCAAUGCCAGAUUCUGUAUAUUUUUCUAAUUUUUGGUACCCUGAUUUUAUUUUGCAUGUUAUUUCUCUGUCUGAUCACUUUAUAAACCUUUUUUUUUUUUUUUUUUUGGUGGCUAUUGUUUGUAUUUUUAUAUGCAUGUGUUGUUUCUGUUUUUCUGGAUGGCUGGAGUGGUUUGAGCUUCCAUCCUUAUGCCUUUAUGAGAGUUCAACUGUGGAAACGACUCACUUCUGCUGUUAUAAUACAUGUUUUAUUCUUAUAAAACGCCUUCUUAAAGAUAACAGUUUGGGCUCAGAUGCCCAUAUGGCGUUCCACAAUGUGCCUAUUGCCACUAGGGCAUGUUUUGCAAUUUACUUACAAUGAUUUUUGUCUUAAUUUCUUGUAUGCAAUGAGUUUGGGAUACACAUUUCCCCCUUAUUUCAAUUCAUCUGAUGUCCUACUGUAUGCAGGUAAAUAUAAAGUCUUACAGUUUGUCAGUGAUUGCAACAACUUUACUCUUUACUUUUUUUUACAUAAUUUAAAGAUUUUCUUUUCCAAGGUGAUGUCAUAUUUUAUUCUACAAUGAUUGAUUGAUGACAUGCACAUUGUAUUUAAAACUUGGGGUCAAAAUGGACUGCAUAAGACAUUGAAUAAAUACCAGGAUCUGAACGACGUU